AUGAGUAGCAAUAUGCAUUCAUCAUCUAGUAUGACCACUUUACAAGUGCCAGAAGUGAAAAGUGGACGUACCAGUGCGCCACCAACCAGUUUUGUAUCCUUUUAUGAGGGUAGCCAUUUUGGUUCAUUUAAACCACCAGUGAACCAUGCUUCUAUUAGCAGUAGCAAUUUCGAACAAACGAACAUUUCCAAAGAGUCAGAUGGAAUUACUAAGACUGUGGAAGGAGAUCGAUCAAAUAUUGUAAGCUUACCUGAGACAUCUACACUAGAUUCCAAAAAUUAUGCGAAACACACGGCUUCAUCUUUGUAUAACUCACCUGAUUCAGGUCGAACUUCUGAUCAGAAUUUCAACAUUUUCCAGCCAGAGGUAGUACAUAUUCCAAUAUCGAAGAGCAAUGUAUUCCAGGUUCAGCGUCGAAAUGUUAAUAAGCAGCUACCACCUUGGGUGUAUCAUACACAUUCUCGUGAAUCGCAGCCAGAACAGACUUUGCAGAAUGUUAGUCCAUAUUAUAACGAAUAUCAUCGAUCGAUUAGUAAUAACCAAAGCAAUCGCUUUCGUUCAGGUUCAACGCUAUCUUUUACUGAGCAUGUUCCAAAACCGAUAGUAAUUCAGUCUCAACCGGUACAAAUUUCCAACACUGGUGGAUAUACCAAUAUACAAUCAGCAAAUGAAUAUGGAGAUUUUUCCGAAGCACGAGUUAAAAGUUCUGUUCAGUUUCUUGCAUCUCAGGUUCCUUUUAAUGAACAACAAAAACAGCAGAGACUAAUUUCUUAUCAGCAAUUAGAAAGGCAUAAAAACUAUGCAACGUUACAUCAUGUAGCAUUACCAAAAGUGGGACUACCGCAAAGGCGUACAUCGGAUCCAACUUUGAUGAAAAUUAAUGGUAAUGAAUUACCAGAAAGUAUAGCAAUGUUUAACGUUGCCAAGGGAGUUCGAGCGGAACUGGAGCAAGAUCCGAAAUUCCGAAAAAAAGCUGAUAUUUUGGGCAGCCAAACAGCAACAGAGCCUACUGCAGAUACAUUUUUACCACCUUUUUUUAAGGAACAACCGAAACAAUCUCCCUCAUUGCGACAAAUGGAAAAUUUUUUUCAGCAGAACGUUCAACAAUUUCAUAACGUGCUUGAUAUCAAACGAUCACCACCAGUACCAUCAGCAAAACCAUUCAAUGUGGAGCAUGUACGUAGUAUAUUCCGGACUAAAAACGCUAUUCGAACAGAUUCGAUACCAUUGGCUACUUCUGGGUCUGUAGAUGCACAAGUUACGCAGGAUAAUAUGCUUUUAGAGAAGCCAAUAAAACGAUCAGUUGAAAUUCAUAAAGUUCAAGAAAGAAUGCCUCAUGCUACAUUAAAGGAAGAUAUACGAACUUCUGGAUUUAUCAGUCGACAUCUGAUUGAUACUUCACAAAAUACUGAAUCAACAGGUAGUGCUACAAAAUUAGUAGAACAAAAGGUAUGUUCGGUUAGUGAAGCAAGCAAAGAAAAUAUGCAACCAAAGCCGACAACUUUUAUCGUCAAUAAACCAAUAAUUACCGAUAAAAGUCCUAAAAUUCAGAAAGAAAUAACAGUACUACAGGACCAACCUAUCGUUUUUCAAGAUAUUGCUGUUUUGGAAAAAGAUUACGAUUCUCAUACCACUUUCGUCAAACCACGACGAUUAAACCAGCCAUUUCCUGUGGAUGAUGCAACAUUCAUUAGUGGCAGCGGGAAACCUGGGAAUGCCAUAAGUUUGCCGGGAAUUUUAAUGAAAAAUGGUAAUAGCAUCCAAUCAGUAAACAAUUCAGGGAUUAAAACACCGAAAAAAGUUGCGUUUCAAUGUGAUAAAGAUAGUAAAGCUUUUACGAAGAACGAAUCCGAAGAAAAUAAGACAUCAACUGAAACUCCACCAUCUGUUGUACAAUAUGAUGAUGCUGUUGAUGAGCCUCUUCAAAGACUGCUAAAACUAAGUGGUGAUAUUGGUGGUGAUCUUCAAACAGUGGGCAAUAAGUUGUCGGCACUUUUCACGGAGCAGCGCAAUUUUAUUUGGUUAGCUGCUGGUCAAAGUGAACCGUCGAUUAAGGAAUUGCAAGCAAAACUUGGUCCAAUGAUUAAGAUGAUGGAAGAUUUAUCAAUAUUCAAAGAAUUCAAAAGGAAUACUCCAUUUUUCAAUCAUAUUUCAGCGGCAAGUGAAGGAAUUCAAGCUCUUGGAUGGCUCACUAUUAAACCAACACCUGCGCCAUUCAUCAAAGAUAUGUUUGAAGCGUCGAUGUUUUUUGUGAACCGUGUGUUGAAGGAAUACAAGGAUGAUAAGAUCCAUAGUGAAUGGGCAAAGUCAUGGUCAGAUGUUUUGAAUGCUUUGCAGAAAUAUGUACAACAAGUACAUACUACGGGUCUUGUUUGGAAUAGCUGCCCAGGUGCAAAACCAUCAGCAUUGGUAAGUCCCAACAGCACUUUAUCUGGAGCUGCACCACCUCCUCCCGUUUUGCCACCGGAUCUUUUUGCUGCAGUAUCCGAAACAAACAUUUCAACGGAUAAGAGUGAUCGAUCAGCACUGUUUGCGGAAAUUAAUGCCGGUGAAGAAAUUACAAAGCGUUUGAAAAAAGUAACGCCAGAUAUGCAAACACAUAAGAAUCCGUCACUUCGAUCACAGCAUAAAGAAGUUAAUGUUGGGACAGCAAAUAAAGAAAUGGCGCAGAAGGCGACUGACAGUGCCUUACUAGUGAAGAAGCAAGAAGAUAAACAGCCGAAAACGUGGUUAGAUAACGGCAAGCAGUGGAAUGUGGAGUACUAUAAAAAUAACAGCAGUGUUAUGGUCGAAGUCAGUGAUAUGAAGCAGACAGUAUAUGUAUUUAAAUGUGAGAAUAGUAUCAUUCAGAUCAGAGGAAAAGUAAAUUCAGUAACGUUGGAUAGUUGCAAGAAGACAUCUGUCGUAUUUGAUAGCCUUUUAUCGCAACUUGAAGUGAUUAAUUGUCAAAGCGUGCAAAUACAGACUCUCGGUGCUAUGCCAACAUUAUCAAUUCAGAAGACUGAUGGUUGUCAAGUAUAUCUCAGUAAGAGCGCAAUAAAUGCAGAAAUAAUAACAAGUAAAUCAUCUGAGAUGAAUGUGCUUGUACCAGGUGCUGAAGAUGGUGAUUUCGUAGAAUUUGCGGUGCCUGAACAGUUCAAAACAGUUUAUGAUGGAAAGAAGUUAAAGACAACAGUGUCCGACAUAUGCUAA